AUGUCACGAAAUUUCCUUCCUUCCUUCCUUCCUUCCUUCCUUCCUUCCUUCCUUCCUUCCUUUCUCCUUCCUUCCUUCCUUCCUUCCUUCCUUUCUGCUUCCUUCCUUCCUUCUUCCUUCCUUUCUGCUUCCUUCCUUCCUUCCUUCCUUCCUUUCUUCCUUUCCUUCCUUCCUUCCUUCCUUCCUUCCUUCCUUCCUUCCUCCUUCCUUCCUUCCUUCCUUCCUUCCUUCCUUUCUCCUUCCUCUAUUCAUCUGUAUACUAUUUUCUUUCCUUCCUUCUAUCCUUUCUUGUUCUUUCAUUCAUUUUUAUAUUUUAUUUCUUUUCUUCUUUCCUUUCACGUUUCUUUUCUUCUAUUCUCCCAUCCUCCAUCAUUUUAUUUUGAUCCUUUCUUCUGUCUUUCCUUCAUUUCUUUUCAAUCAUUUUCUUUCAUUUCUUUCUUUCAUUUCUUUCUUUCGUUUCUUUCUUUACCUUUGACUAUCUUUGCCCUUCAUUUUCUUUUACUCUUAUUUUUCUUUGCCCUUUCAUUUGAACCCCUUCAUAAUACAUAUUAUAUACUUUAUAUCUAUCUCACUCCCUUUAUAUCUCUAUCUAUCUAUCCAUCUAUCUAUCUAUCUCACUCCCUUUAUAUCUAUCUAUCUAUCUAUCUAUCUAUCUAUCUAUCUAUCUCACUCCCUUUAUAUCUAUCUCACUCCCUUUAUAUCUAUCUAUCUAUCUAUCUAUCUAUCUAUCUAUCUAUCUAUCUCACUCCCUUUAUAUCUACAUAUCUAUCUAUCUACUUUUAA